CGGUUUCUAAAAUAAUAAUAUAAUGCACAGUAUUUUGGGUUUUUAUUAAAAAUUUGCGUAAGUCGUAUUGAAAAGACAAUGUCUUCGAUAUCUGCAAAGAAUUUUUCUGAAGAUAUGGAAUUAACUGCUGUCAGUGUCAGUGGUGAAAUCGAGGAAGAUGUUCUCUCCGGUGCUUGUGGUAAUAGUAAUAGGCCUGUACCUAUGCGAUUGCAACGUCACUGGAAGCAAACUGAAGAAUACUAUUCUGAAUUUGAGACAUCCUCAUGUUAUUCUCAGACACAGCUUCAAAGCACAAGGUCUUCUCCAGAUGUCCGAUCGUACAGUCCUACAUUGACACAUUCUGAGCAGGUUCACAGUAGUUCUCGAGAAACCUCUGUUGAUAAAGUGCUUACUAACAGUUCUGGAAGAUGUGUUACAUCUCCAACUGCAGUCCCCUCUGGUGGUAGUUCUGCAGAUAACACAAAUUGGCAGGAUUCUGUGAGUCGGUCUUCAGAAUCAGGAAAAUCUGUUGAUUGGACUGUCUUGUAUAAACAAUCAGAGAUCCAGAAUAGGGAAGUGGCAAAAUCAGAUAGAUCAAGUAAAGGGAGUGAUAAAAAGAAAAAGUCUUCAUCUUGGUAUAAUGUUCUGAAUCCAACGUAUAAGUCACGAAGUGAUGACUUCAAACGUCUUUUCAGAGACCUGCCAGAGUCAGAGCGACUUAUUGUAGAUUAUUCGUGUGCCUUACAGAAAGAUAUUCUAGUCCAUGGACGAUUGUAUGUUUCUGAGAACUACUUCUGUUUCUAUGCGAACAUCUUUAGAUGGGAAACGUUUCUGCUAAUUCAGUGUCGGGACAUCACAAGUAUGACCAAAGAGAAAACAGCCCGAGUAAUUCCAAAUGCUGUACAGAUAUGCACUGAUAAUGAAAAACACUUCUUCACAUCAUUUGCUGCUCGAGAUAAAGCCUACCUAAUGCUCUUUCGAAUAUGGCAAAAUGCCCUUUUGGAGACACCCAUGUCAUCACAAGAGCUAUGGCAGUGGGUACAUCACAGUUAUGGAGAUGUGCUUGGACUAACUAGUGAUGAUGAAGAUUAUGUUCCACCACUGUCACAAGAUGAUGAACGCAAAACUGACAGCAGUCGUGUGUGUGCUGAAGUGGAUGAAACACUUAAAGAAGAUGGCUGUAUUUCCGAGAAAUACGAAACAGCAUCAGCCACAACACAUGACUUUGAGGAGUUUUCAGUAGCAGUAACAACAGAGACAUUAGAACGGUCAGAAGUCUGUGAUUCCCUAGAAGUGGAAACUGUUGAAGGCUUGCAACAAGUACAAAACAUUAUUCCAGCAGGAAAACUACAUUCCUCUCAGUUUCCAACAGAUUUCAGUGACACUACGGAGUCAGGAUUAGAUGACAUUGGUGAAAUACCUUGUAUGUGUUCCAAUCAUGAUGGGAAGGAGAUGAUGAACUGCAUAAUUCCAUUACCAAUUGAUCAAGUCUUUACCCUUGUCUUCACUGGAUCAAAGUUUUUUCAUGAUCUUCUCACUUCGAGAAAAACAUUUAAUAUAAUGGAAAGUCCCUGGCAACUUUGUGGAGAGAGUGGUCACAAGAUGAGACAGGUUACAUACACGUUAACAUUGAACCAUUCAAUGGCAAAGACUGCUCAAACUACAGAGACACAGAGGCUACUGAAGCACAGUAAACCAGGUCAACUCUAUGUAAUUGUAUGUGAUGUGGUGAACACAGGUAUUCCUUACAGUGAUACCUUUUCUGUAAAGUCCCACUAUUGUCUAACAAAAGUUACCAAUGGCCAGUGCAGGCUUCGUGUGUGUGGCAGUGUGUACUACAAAAAAUCUGUGUGGGGACUUGUGAAAUCUCUGAUAGAAAAAAGUGCUGUUCAAGGGCUUCAAGAUUUCUGUGCUGACUUAGAGGCUGCACUCAACAAAGAAGCUGACCUUAUGAAACAACAAUCAACAAAGAAACCAAGGCGUCGUAAAAGAACUAAAUUGGUUGAAUUUUCUAAAGUAGAUUCUCAUAAUAGGUUAUCAAGGUCCUUGCACACUCAGACCACUGGAAGGAAGCUAUCUGUACCAUAUUUAUCAGGAGUGGAAAGUGAAUCUUUUGGAUAUUCCUCAGAUUUUAUCAUUAAAGUGAUCUUGGCCACAUUAUUUGUGUUGUUACUGCUGAACAUUUUAUUGUUUUACAAACUGUGGUCUCUGGAAGAUGAAACACUAGACAUUGAACAAGCUAAUCAUCGUGUGUUUGAUGUACCGCUUGAAAGUUUAGAGGAACUAUCUCAAGAUGAUUGGAUUAAGCUGUUAAAAAAUCACGAAGCUCUGCAUCAGAUAGAGACUGAGAGAUGGAAAGAUGUGUUAACAGAAGUAAUAAAAGUUACUAAAAUUAUGGAAACAUCUCUUACUGAUCUGAAGAGUAGCAUAGAAUUGUACAGUUCUGUUUCGUUAUUGAAUACUGCCAGCUUCACAAAUCUCAAAGAAUCACCCUCCACAUCACAUGGCUUCAAAAAAGACGUUUUAACAUCACGCAACUCGGAUGAGAAUUUGAUGCUGCACAGCUUUGACAAAGAUACUUCAUCAUACAUAUUGGAAAAAACUGAAAGGAUGGAAAAAGUUCCUCAAACUGUUUCUAGAGAACAUCAAUUAGAAUAUGAAAAAUCAGUAAAAUGAUAUUUACUCCAGUUUUUCUUGAGACUAGUAUUGUUUUCAUAUGAAGUUCAGUUACUUGAGCUUAGCUUAAUAAAAUGAUCAUUUUCUAAUAUUUAUUUCUUGAAUGUACACUUGUAUAUAAUGAGAAUUGCAUGUGUAAUGAAUCUCAGUUUUGCUCAAUUCUCUCUGUAUUUAUCUAUGUAAUGAUUUUUGAACAGUUGUCUUUUCAGUGGUUUAAGCUCUUGUUAACUUAUAUAUAUAUAUAUAUAUAAUGAUUGCACUAUGAGAAGAGCUGAACAUAACCAAUAUUAGGGAGUUGUAUAGGUUAGUUUCUGCUUCUGAAUACUCAUGAAGUAAUAGUAUUUGAAUAAUAUUUGUAACAGAAGUAACAAGCAAAGAUUGUUUCUGUUCUUUUGGAUUAUUCCAGAUCAACAAAGUCAAUAUUCUGUGUCAAACAAAAUGUGUGUAAAAUAUAUUAAACAGUUAAAUUUUUCUGUGAUUGUAAACUUUCACAGUUAUAGUUUGCAUGUUGUGAUAAGCAUUUACUUUUAGGUUAUCAGGUUUUUCUCUGCAACAAACUACUUCAUUUAGACAUUAGUGCUUAGUGGGUGCUGCAAAAUAUGUUUUUGGCAUUUAUUUGUCAGUUUAGAACAAAGAGUACAUCAAACAUAAAAAGCCAAACAUGUUUUGAACAGGUUUAUAAAUGGAUUCAAGCCUCUCUUUUAAAACUUGUAUUCCUAAGACUUUUUUCUUCAAAUGACUUUUGCUUCAUAGUACAUUUUUUGAAAGAUACUAAAAAUUUAAUGCAAACAGCCAAAUUGGCAAUUAAACAUUAGCACAAGUCAUGAUAAAGCUGCAUAUGUUAUUUUCUAUGCCACCAGUAGUCUAUGUUUGAUAUGUACUCAUUUUCUGUUCAGUAGUCUUAGUUUUUUGACAACAUAUCUAGUUAUAGAGUAACAUUGCUUGUGCCUGUAAAAUGUUACUUUUUCUUCUUCGUUCAAACCUCUUUUGUAUUGGCUGCUAUAAAUCUUUGAACUUGGAGUGAAGUCUGUACCACAAAGGCUACAGUAUUUAUUUUUAUUUUGUAAGUAAAUGUUGAUUGAGUUCAAAAUGAAGUUUUUAUGUACAUAUUGAACCUGUAACAUCUGGCUAAAUUAACCCUACUUCACCAUCUGUCUAGCUGAUUGUUUUCAAUUUCUAGCAAAUCAUAUACUUUUUGUCUUACUAAUUGGAUUUCACCAUUAAUAGAACAUAUGAAGCUAGUAAUAAUAAAUCUAUAUGCCUAAAACUAUAACUGUUUUACCCAGAAUGAUGAUUAGAAUACCAUGUUUGAACUAUCUGGUCCAUGUAAUUAGGACAAAGUAAGAAUCAUGCUGGUAAUGGUAUUUGUUGUAAAAUGCAUACUUAUGUGUUUUAGACCUAGGGUGUAACACCUCUGAUUUUACAUCAGUGUUAGAAUUUUAGAAUUUUUUAUUAACAAAUAUGUCACUUAAAUUUUUUUUAAUAUUAAGGAAUUGAAGGCAUGAUUCUGGUAAAAUAAUUUUCUUUAGGCUUGUCCAAACAUUAAAUACAUCAACUAUUAAUUUUUGCAAUUUUUUAUUUCUACUCACUAUCUGUGCUCAAGAGGCAUCUGCAUAAGUGAUACUUCUUGGUAAAAUAUUUCUACUUGUAGAAUACACUUAAAAAACAGAACUUUCUGUGGCUUUUUUUAUUAGUAAUGUUUUAGUACUUGUCCACAUUAAGUAUUCUAUACUGAAAACAGUUGAAACUUUUAAGUAGUUAAUACUCUCAAAUCUGUAGGUAUAGUUUUAAGCUUAUUAAAUAAUCUAUGAUUUAGAUUCUUAAUUCUUAUCCUUGUGCAUUAAUAGAAAUAUU